AUGGCUACCGGAGUUAGUGGCGCCCUCUGCCAACCAUGGCGUACCGCAUCACAGAAGAUGCACAUCACUGACAUCUCGCAGCAAGCUCACAACUACCCUCGCCCCUACAACGCCGCCGCGGCUCAUCUGCCAAAUGGCGGUACCCCCGGAGGUCCUGUGCCAGGAGCUGCACCGCUUCUCCCAAACCAAGGCCGAAUAGUACAAGCAGGCAGUGCACGCGUGCUUUGCAUCGCUGAUGUGAGAGGCAACUUACAGUCGCUCAACCAGCUUGCAGCCGACGCUCGCGCAAACUACGUCGUACACACGGGCGACUUUGGCUUCUACGAUGACGCGUCCAUAAACCGGAUUGCGGAGAAGACGCUGAAGCAUGUAGCUCAGUACUCACCCCUUCUGCCUGACCACAUCAAACGCCAGAUCGUCCAAGCGCCGCCGCAACCAUCGAUCAAGGAACGUUUCGAACGCGAACGCCUCCCUCUCUCCGAACUUCCACUUUUCCUGAACAAGACCUACAAGCUGAAUGUGCCUGUGUACACUGUCUGGGGCGCGUGCGAAGACGUCCAGGUUCUGGAGAAGCUCCGGUCCGGCGAGUACAAGAUCGACAAUCUACACAUCAUCGAUGAGGCACACUCGCGGUUGCUGGAGAUUGGCGGCGUAAGGUUGCGCUUGCUCGGACUGGGCGGUGCUGUGGUCAUGCACAAGCUGUUCGACAACGGAGAGGGCAGGACCACAAUUGCCGGUGGCCAGGGCACGAUGUGGACGACGCUGCUGCAGAUGGGCGAGCUGAUCGACACUGCGAACAGGGUCUACGAUCCUGCCGAGACCCGCGUCUUCGUCACGCACGCUUCUCCCGCUCGCGAAGGGCUGCUCAAUCAGCUUUCCGUCGCGCUUAAGGCCGACUUCUCGAUAUCCGCUGGUCUUCACUUCCGCUACGGCAGUUCCUACAACGAGUUCAGCGUCAAUCCGACGCUCGAUCACUACCGUGGCAAGCUCGCAGCGUCCAAGACUUCUUUCAACGAUGUCUGGGAGACUGUAAAGUCCGAAGUUGAGCCAGCAGUCGCAGAUAGCGAGUCCCAGUCCAUGCUACUCCAGUACGCGCUUGAGCUCGUGAACAGGAUGCCUUCUACCGCAAACGGCGGCAACCCGUUCGGCGGCCAGAACGGAGCUCCGGGAGCUGGACAAGUCGAUGAGGGCGCAUUCAAGAACAUGUGGAACUUUAACUUGGCAGAUGCUGCAUACGGCUGGCUGGUCUUGGACAUCGAUCAGGGCAGGAUUGGCACGGAAAUGAGGGCACAAGGCUUCAACUUCGCCCACCGUGGAAUGAAGAUGGGUGGUCCCCCGCAACCUCAAGGCAUGCCUGCUGCUCCGCCGAAUGCAGUCGCCUCUCCGGCUACCCAGAUGCCACCUCAGCCCGCGCCGGUACUAAACCGUUCGCCGGCUGCCCCCCAAGUGCCUGCACCGCAACAACCUCAACAGCCUCAACAACUCCAGCAACCUCCGCAAGCCAGGAUGCCGCCGGUAGCAGCUCCAACACCACCAGCGCAGGCACCUCAGGCGAAGCCACAGCCCACACGAACCGGACCUUCGCCAGCUCCAGCAAACGCCAGCGCACUGGUCAAGCCAGCAACACCCCAGCCCGCAGCAACCAACGCACACGCGGCCGACAAGACGCCCGCGCCCGCUACCGCCGAAAAGUCCAUCCCAAGCGAAGUCAAGCCCAACGGCACCACCGCCGCCGCCACCGGCGGCGGAAACAACGACGCCAAAACCACCGACACCUCCACGACGCCCAAAUCCUCCGACGCUCCCAUGCCGCCGCCCCCACAGCGCGAAGAGAACAAAAAGCCGAGCCAAGCCCUCUUCAUCAACGGCGUGAAAUCCGAAGAAGAGGCCCGGAACCUCCUCCCCGAGGCCGACCGCCCCAAGAUCGAGCGCAUCGAGCAGAUCAAGCACUUCUACAUCGCGCAUUUCGCGUCCCCGGAGGAGAUGCAGGCGGUCUAUGCGCGCGUGCCGAAUGAGCAUAAGCAGCAGAGCGGCGAUCAGAGGAAGCCGACGGUGCAAAUUUAUCGCCAGCAUGGGGGGCCGUAUCGGCAGUAUGGUGCGGGGAAUUGGGGGGGGAGUGCGAGGGGAGGUGCGCAGAGUGGGGGUGGAUACCGCAGUGGUGGUGCUAGUGAUAGUGAGGGCGGCAGGGGAGGUAGGGGUGGGUUCCGUGGAGGUAGAGGACGUGGUGAGGGACGUGGUGAGGGACGUGGUGAGGCACGUGGUGAGGGACGUGGUGGGCGUGGUAGGGGACGUGGAGGUAUGGGAAGGGGAGGUGAGGGUAGUGCGAAUGCUUCGCCGGCGCCUACACCGGCGGCUGCAACGGGUGGUGGGGAGUGGUAA